AUGAAGCAAGAAGUACUCGCACAAAAUGCCCUACCAAUAUUGAUUGAAUGUAUAAAAAUGUUUUCUGGAGACGAUUUAAGUUAUUGUCUAGAGUUGAUGUGGGCUAUAACAUUUAAUAAUGAAGUUGCAACAACGAUAAAAAAUGAUCAAGCUCUGCUUGCGCUUAUCAAAUCUCUUAGCGCAUCAGACCACAACGGUAUAAAAAAAACAGCUGAAGGUAUUAUAUGGAAAUUGGAAAAAGAAGCAGAAUUUGUAUCAAAGCAGGAACCAAUAGAAUCGGUUAAAAGUGCGAAUACGUCAACCAGUAACGUAGUACAACUCAUAAAUGAUACAAAAACAAUGCCACAAUCUGAUGAAAUAAAGCUAAAGACUCAAAGUGUUCGUGGGGGAGAAUCGGAACAAACAACUUUAUCUGAGCCGACUAAGUCAUCGUUCAGAUAUGACAUUAUGAUCAGUUAUUCUCAUGAAGAGAAAGAAUUAUGUUAUAAAAUUUAUGAUCAUUUACUUAAAAAUAAUUACCGUGUUUGGCUGGAUCGAGAUGAUAUGUUUGGUUCAACAAUGCAGGCGAUGGCAGAAGCUGUUGAAAAUUCACAAUUUAUCCUUGUUUGUAUGUCACCCAAAUAUAGACAGAGCCCUAAUUGUCAAGCUGAAGCAGAAUAUGCGUUUAAUCGCCGAUGUCAUAUAAUACCAUUGGUACUGAAGCCAAACUUUAAACCCGAUGGAUGGCUUGGGUUAAUAGCAGGAUCAAAAAUGUACAUUGAUUUCACGAAAGCAGAUUUUCAUACAGCUUAUCAAAAAUUAUUGACCGAAAUUCAGCGAUAUGUACGUUCUAACAAUAAAAGUGGAGAACAGCUGAAGCCCAUUGGAAAUCAUGAAUUUGAUAAUGAAAAAAAAGUAAUUUUACCCAACGUUACAGCCUACAUAUCCACAUAUUCAACAAAAACUUUAGAAAAAUGGACAACUCAAGAAAUUACUGAAUUUCUUCGGGAUAAAAGACUUGACUUAAUGAUACCACUUUGCGAAAAUAUGGACGGUUAUUCUUUACAUCAUUUUUAUCAAACAUGUCAAUUGCAUUCAGAUGUCGUCUAUCAAUCGUUACAAUCCCAAUUACUCGAAUCAAAAAAUUUGCGUUUACCAAUAACCGAUUAUUUUCGAUUCGUUGGAGAAUUGAAAAAAUAUGCACCUCUAUCAAAAGAAAUAUCCGCUAUAUGUUGUAUAACAUAA